GGGCGGGGCCGGGGGGCGGGGCGGGGCGGCGGCCCAAGAUGGCGCAGGCGGUGAACGUGGGGGAGCUGACGCUGCCGCAGCUGGAGCUACUCAAGGGGCAGCUCGACCAGGAGGUGGAAUUCCUCUCGUCCUCCAUCGCGCAGCUCAAGGUGGUGCAGACCAAGUACGUGGAAGCCAAGGAUUGCCUCAACGUGCUCAACAAGAGCAACGAAGGGAAGGACCUGCUGGUGCCCCUCACCAGUUCUAUGUACGUCCCCGGGAAGCUCUCAGAUGUCGAGCGUGUCCUGAUCGAUGUUGGCACUGGCUACUACGUGGAGAAGACUGCAGAUGACGCCCGAGACUUUUUCAAGCGGAAAAUCGACUUCCUGACCAAGCAGAUGGAGAAGAUCCAGCCGGCGCUGCAGGAGAAGCACGCCAUGAAGCAGGCCGUGGUGGAAAUGAUGAGCCAGAAGAUCCAGCAGCUGACGGCCCUGGGAGCGGCGCAGGGUGCAACCGCCAAGGCAUAGCCUUCGGCCUCAGGGGUCCCCUCCUCGCUGUGGGGCGCGGCGGUGGCCCCCCCAUCCCUGUGGCUGCCUCAUUUCCCCCCCCCCCCCCAUUUUUGUAGGCAGUAGCUCGCUGCCACCGUGUGGAAUAAAUGAGAGAUUUCUU